AUGGCAGUGACCCUCCAAACCACCCACGGCGACCUCAAACUCGAACUCUUCUGCGCCGCCUGCCCGAAAACAACCUACAACUUCCUCGCCCUCGCCGCCUCAGGCGCCUACAACCACUCCCGCUUCCACCGCCUCAUACCCCAAUUCAUGAUUCAAGGCGGCUCCCCCGCCACCGGCACCACUAAAUCCAGCCCUUCCAUCUAUAACAACGGCGCGCAAUUCGAAGACGAAAUCAAACCCUCCCUCCGCCAUCACGGGAGGGGCCUGCUGAGUAUGGCUAAUAAGGGUCCGGGGACGAAUGGGAGUCAGUUUUUCGUGACGUUUGCCGCUGCGGGGCAUUUGGAUGGGAGGAAUACGGUUUUUGGGCGGGUGGUGGCGGGGUGGGAUGUUUUGGAUCGGUUGGAGGGGGUGCGGGUUGAUGGGAAGGGGAGGCCCUUGGAGGAGGUUAGGAUUCAGGGGGUUAGGGUGCAUGCUAAUCCGAUUGCUGAGGGGGGGUGA